CUUAUACACAACUUAGGGCUUAAGCCGACCGCACGAAACGGUGAUAUAUGCUACAAGAUAAGUUAUAUGAUACAAGCGACGUGAUACAUACUUGUAUCAACGUUAAACCUAACCCCGAUUCCAGGUGAAAUGUAUUUUUAUUUUCACCUGCGUAAAUUUAUUUCAGUUUGAGACGAUACUGUGAAUGAAAAAGAAAAUCUUUGAAAAGGUGUAUUAAAUCUGAUUAAAAUUAUGAGUGAACAUAAUUAUUAUCAAAAUAAUAAAUCAUCUCACAAUAGUGAAAAUGAUGAUGAGUUUCUUGACCAAAGAAUUAAUAAUGAUGACUUUGACAUGGUUUUAUUAACUCUUAUAAAACAAUACCCAUGUAUAUAUGAUCCAAACAAGUUAAAUCAAGAAAAAAUUAAUUUAGCUUGGAAUAAUAUAUCUGUAGAAAUGAAUGAAAAAGUUGAACAGUGUCAAGAUCGUUACAGAAAAUUAAGACAAUAUUUCUCUAAAGAACGUAAUCGAAGAGAAUUUGUUGCUGCAGGAACUAAGAGAGAUACAAAAAGAUAGGCUUUAUAUGAUUGUGCUUCGUUUUUGAACCCUUUUAUAAUGAAAAAAAGGCGUUUAAAGAGUUCAAUGAACUCUGGUAAAAAAUUAAGUAAACAAAUGGACAGCCUCUCUAAUGUACCUCAAGUAAUCAGUUAUCUCCCUCUCCGGUAAUUAUUGAAAAACUCAACAACGAAGUUGAUGU